AUGGUAGUAAGACACUACCACGCCCAGAUGAAGCAUCAAAGCGUGGAUGCGACGAUUGCCCAGAUCCGGAGGAGAUUCUGGGUCACGAAGAUAAGAAGUGCUGAAGGAGCCAAGGUUGGAGGAACCUCACUCAAUUCGGUGCUGGACAAGGGGCCACAGCACUACAAGCCCUUGCCAGCUGUGCUCUUCCACUUCAGAGAAGGAGCAGUCGGAGUCUGCGGGGACAUCAAGGAGAUGUUCCACCAAGUGCUGAUCCGACCCGAGGAUCGAUGUUUCCAACGAUUCCUUUGGAGAGAUGGUAACGAUGAUCGAGACCCAGAUGUGUACGAGAUGAACGUAAUGACGUUUGGAGCAGCCUGCUCGCCGAGCACUGCGCACUACGUCAAGACGGUGAAUGCCCUGAAUUUCGAUACGGAGAGCGAAGCUAUUGAGGUAUCUACCCGAGUGAAGGAGAUACACGCGGAGGCUGGAUUCGAGCUAUGCAAGUUCUCAUCCAGCUCACCCAUCGUUGAAGCGGCGUUGGGACCACCUGGACAAGUCAAGAGCGUCGGAUGGGGUAAGUCUGACCAGAAAAUCCUUGGAAUGGGUUGGCAGGUAGCAACGGAUGACUUCAGAUUCAACGUGGAGUAUCAUCGAGUGCCAAAAAGCGUCCUAAGUGGAGAGCGAGUCCCAACAAAGAGGGAGUUUUUGAGCCUGCUGAUGUCAACGUUCGACCCAUUGGGGUUCCUGUGCUGCCUGAUGAUUACAGCGAAGCUGUUGCUGCGGGAGAUCUGCAGACAGAAGAUCCAGUGGGACGAACCGCUGCAGGAGGAGAUAGGCAGAGCCUUUGCUGCCUGGCGCAGAGAGAUGGACGCCGUGGAACAGUUCCGAUGUCCUCGCCAUUACUUUGGGUGUGGAGCAGUUUGGACCAUCGAGCUACACGUUUUCGUGGACGCAAGUCAAUCUGCAUUCGCGGCGGUGGCCUAUUGGAGGGUCACGUACAAGAAUGGCAACGUGCUGGAGCUGCAGGCAGCGGUCCUUGGAACCAGAGUGAUGAACACUGUCAAGAAAGAACAUAGUGUGGACAUCAGCGAGACGGUUUUAUGGACGGAUUCAAAAACGGUGCUGAAAUGGAUCGGCAGCAGCCACCGCCGGUAUAAGCAGUUUGUUGGCAACCGAGUGGCGGAGAUUUUGGAGUCGUCGAAGGUUUCCCAGUGGAGAUGGGUACUUACAGCUGACAACGCAGCGGAUGAUGCGACGCGGUCGCAGAGGAAGGCGGACCUUAGCACGGAAUCCCGGGGGCUAAGCGGUCCCGCAUUUUUGAGGCAGCCAGCAAGCGAGAUUCUCGAGCUUCAGUCGCCUGGUGAGGACCAUCGCCUGGGUCCUGAGGUUUGCGCGACGGUGCCGCAAACAGAGAAGCGAGCUCGAGGAAAGGAGUGUGAGGCGGCGGAGAACCUGUUAAUCAGGCAGUCCCAAUUGGAGUCGUUUCCCGACGAAUGA